CCGCGGCUGUCAUUGUGUAGUCUCCUGGACCCAAAAGCUUGCUCGGAGGGGAAGGGGACCACUAAUAUAUAUCCAUACACGACUUCCGAACAUCAUACAAUCAGUUAAGUUCGUUCAUCCUACGUUAACAUGGCAACUUUCAAGUUAGUCGGUCUGUUUUUGUGCAUCGCGACAAUAAGUGCCCUGCCAACACAAGAAGAAGCUCGCGGCAACGCUAUUCAAACUGAAAAUGACCUCCUCGAUUCGAUCUACACCGACUGCUUGCGUAAAGACUCAAUGUCAUGUCUCAAGUACAAAGUUUUCAACUUCGUUGAUAAAAUGCUCGGACACAAGGAUACCAUUACAGUGACUGAAGGUGUGCAGUUUGUCAAAACUGGUGAUAAGGACGGUGCCCCACGUGCCAUUUCCAGUGACGACACCAUCGAAUCUAUGAUUUUCAACCGAGUUGCCGGAUUCCUUGAUACGCAUACCAUCAAAGUUGACCUCAAGGGCAGUGAUAUCGUUAACGCUGUGACGUCUUCCGCCAGAUCUUUCAAUGAGUACGCUGAGUCCCUCAAUGAAGAGGAAAAUAUUAUUGAAGGAGUUGAGGAAAGCAGGAGGAAGAAGGACAAGAAAAAUAAAAUGAUGGGACCCCUCAUGGCUGCCCUUGCACUGAAAGCUGCAGUCCUUAUGAAGCUGGCUCUUGCAGCAGUGGCCCUAAUUGCCGGUAAAGCUCUCAUCAUCGGUAAAAUCGCUUUAGUUCUUUCUGCAGUUAUUGGAUUGAAGAAACUCCUUGGAUCUGGUGGACAGAAACAUGUUACCUACGAAGUUGUACCACAUGCUCAGCAUUCAUCCAGCCAUAUUGCCACCCAAGAAACUGCAUAUGCUGGUAGCUCAGGACAUGGAGGUGGAUACGGCGGUGACGUAGGAGGAUAUUCUUCAGGAUCUUCAGGACAUGGUGGUUGGGGAAGAUCGCUCGAUGCUCACACUUUGGCCUAUAGGGGACAGCCACAAGCUCAACAAUCAUGAACAUCAGACAUAGGUCUGGUUGAUGUACCUGCCAAAAUUCAUCGAUAUUGGGCUCGAGUCAAUGAAUUUGCCCAAUGAGAUAAUUAUUUAUGUAAUUUAUUUGAAUUUCUACUAGUUUAUGCGACUUUGACAUACUGACAACCGAAUACUACUUUUUCAGUUCAGUUUUACUGAGCAUUUAUAUUUAAGUUACCUUAUUGUUAUAUUUUUUGAAUAAAAAAUGAAAUACGGA